AUGUCAGCCCAUGAUGGCAAACCCACCGAUGACAAGGGUCCAAAGAUUCUCGCCGUGCUUUGGACCUUGACGGCCAUCACAACGGUUAUCGUUGUGGCACGCAUGUACAUCCGCAGUUGCCUGCUGCGGAACGUCGGUGCAGACGACUAUUUGAUUUGUGUAUCGUUGUUCCUAGGCUUAGUAUACUGUGGCAUUACCACUGGAAACGUGUUAAUCGGCUACGGAAAGCAUGCCUGGGUUUUGGAGGAGAAGACGGUCGAGCUGGCCAGUUUACUGAACUCUGUCAGCUUUUUGUUCGGGAUCCUCUCCUUUGCCCUUCCGAAGCUAGCGGUGACGGCCAUGUUGACCAAGAUCUUAAACCCACCCUUCGUCCAUCGUGUGGCUCUAUGGAUACUUGUGGGAACGGCAGCGGCGGUGUCCUGUAUAUGUAUCCUGGUGUUGUUCACCAUGUGUGAUCCCCCGGAGGGCCUGUGGAAGACGAGUAUGGUAGCGAAGGGAGAGGCAACUUGCCGAGACGUGUGGAUUCUUAUCGACUACGCAAUCUUCACUGGUGCGAUUUCGGCAUUUGUGGAUCUUUGUCUUGCAAUCUACCCUACGACUAUCCUUAUGAAACUUCAUAUGUCUCUACGGAAGCGGCUUGCCUUGUGUGCAGCUCUGGGCCUGGGUGCCAUUGCAUCUGCAAUGGCCAUUGUCAAGUGCACGCAGCUGAAGGGUCUCGCCGAUAGAUCGGACUACACCUACGGCACUGCGGAUCUUGUGAUGUGGACAAACAUUGAAUCCGACGUUGUCAUUAUUGCCUCUUGCAUCCCCACCCUCCAGCCUGUCCUUGAAUUGAUCACCGGAAAACGCACCAAAAGUUCCUACAGUAACCGAUACAAAGGAAGCCACAAUCUGCCGGAUUCGUCGUUUGAUAGGCCAUCCAAAACCCCCCGAAAGUCCGAUUUAGCCAUCACCAAUGUCGACAGCCAGGAAAGCAUUCUACGGUCCGAUGAACUCCAGAACAGCCACCCCCUCGGAACAAUUCGUCGCACGGAUAACGUCACGGUGGAAUAUGAGUCUCACCCAGCACCGGGUGCUGCAAAUGAACGGACGUCGUGGUAG